AUGACUGGAGCCUGGAGACAUUUGCUGAGAGCUUUGCACCUGAAAACCUUAUCUCGCUGGACCCCCAAGACGUGCUCUUCCCUGAAUGCUGGUGCUUUCUGGACAUCUGUGACCAGGCGCGGUCUUCACACAAAGCCCAGCAUGCCGCCAUGUGACUUCACACCCGAAAGAUACCAGUCCCUGGCCUAUAGCCGAGUCCUGGAGAUCCAUAAGCAACAUCUCUCUCCUGUGCUCACAGCCUAUUUCCCGGAGCCCCUGUUGCUCCACCAGGGACACAUGGAGUGGCUCUUUGAUCAUGAGGGAAACAGAUACCUGGAUUUCUUUUCUGGGAUUGUCACUGUCAGUGUUGGUCACUGCCACCCGAAAGUAAACGCGGCGGCGCAAAGGCAGCUGGGCCGCCUGUGGCAUACAAGUUCCGUCUUCUUCCACCCUCUGAUCCACGAAUACGCAGAGAAGCUUUCAGCACUUCUUCCUGAGCCUCUGAAGGUCAUUUUCUUAGUGAACAGUGGUUCAGAAGCCAAUGACCUAGCCAUGCUGAUGGCCAGAGCACACUCAAACAGCACAGACAUCAUUUCUUUCAGAGGAGCCUACCAUGGAUGCAGUCCUUACACACUUGGCUUGACAAAUGUAGGCAUCUAUAAGAUGGACCUCCCUCAUGGGAUGGGCUGCCGACCAACAAUGUGCCCAGACAUUUUCCGUGGCCCUUGGGGAGGAAGCCACUGCCGAGACUCUCCAGUGCAAACAAUUAGGAAAUGCAGCUGUGCACCAGACUGCUGUCAAGCUAAAGACCAAUAUAUUGAACAAUUCAAAGAUACUCUGAGCACUUCUGUGGCCAAAUCAAUUGCUGGAUUUUUUGCAGAGCCAAUUCAAGGGGUGAAUGGCAUUGUUCAGUACCCGAAGGGGUUUCUAAAGGAAGCCUUCGAGCUGGUGCGCGAGCGGGGAGGCGUGUGCAUUGCAGAUGAAGUGCAGACAGGAUUUGGAAGGCUGGGCUCUCACUUCUGGGGCUUCCAAACACAUGAUGUCCUGCCAGAUAUUGUCACCAUGGCUAAAGGGAUUGGGAAUGGCUUUCCCAUGGCAGCAGUUGUAACAACUCCAGAGAUUGCCAAGUCCUUAACCAAGCGCCUGCUUCAUUUCAAUACCUUCGGAGGGAACCCCAUGGCCUGCGCCAUUGGUUCAGCCGUGCUUGAGGUGAUUAAAGAAGAAAAUCUACAAGAAAAUAGCCAAGAAGUUGGCACCUAUAUGUUGCUGAAGUUGGCUAAGCUGCGGGAUGAAUUCGAAAUUGUAGGAGAUGUCCGAGGCAAAGGUCUCAUGAUAGGAAUAGAAAUGGUGAAGGAUAAGGUGAGCCACCAGCCUCUUCCCCGUGAAGAGGUAAAUCAAAUCCACCACGACUGCAAAUGCAUGGGGCUUCUGAUUGGCAGAGGCGGCCUUUUCUCUCAGACUUUCCGCAUUGCACCCUCAAUGUGCAUCACUAAACCAGAAGCUGAUUUUGCGGUGGAAGUGUUUCGCUCUGCCUUAAUUCAACACAUGAAGAGAAGAGCUAAAUAA